AUUUCACUAAACUCACUUGAACUUCAUUGUGACAGGUGACACUGACCGGGCAUUUUCUAUUUUGUUUUCAAUCAAAAGCGUGACAGUAAAAUAUUUUAACAAUAUGAAUAUUUAAAGUUCAAUUUUUUUGUUGGACAACUUUAUUCAGCACAUUUAAAUGAAAAUUAAUAUUAUUCAUAAAAAAUAAAUAGUAAAAAAAAAAAAAUUAAUUAAUUUUCGUUAUCGUGCCUAACCAACAUGUGCCUCCAAUGGAUAUAGUAUGAGAAAUAGAUAUGGGUGCAAUAGUAGGAGAUGUGCAUGAUUUACAAACUCUUACGAUUCACACCAGUGAUGUAAACAGCAUCGAUUUUGCCAGUGGUUAUAUUUUAGUCACUGCAUCAGGUGACAAAAAAGUGAGAAUAUGGGAUUGGAAAAGUGGAUCAGGUUAUGUGGAGACCCCAUUUUCACCCCUUUUGGGUCACAAAUAUGGGGUGACUUGUGUCAAAAUCAGUCCUCAAUCAACAAUGUUAGCCUCAUCAAGUAUCGAUGGCACAACUCAAUUAUGGAACUUGAGAACUGGAGCAAGAAUUCAUACAAUGGUUCAAGUAGGCGGAGAAGCUGUAAGAGUUUGUAGAUUUUCACCAGAUUCAUCGAUUCUAAUCACUGCAGGUGACAAUGGUCAACUUUGUGUUUGGGAUCUUGUUCGUCGAGUUUUAAUACGAUGCUUUCAAAAGCACGAGGGUGCCAUUCAAGGGGCAAGUUUUAGUCCAGAUUCAUUUUGGUUAAUCACUUCUUGUACAUUUGGAGUUUUAAAUCUUUUUUCCACAAAUGAAAUAAUUGACUCUUGUCCAACAAGUAAAAGGGAUAUAAAUCUUUUUGCUACUGUUGACGAUGCUCAUGAUUUAGGUGUAGUUUGUUGUGAAUUCUCCAAUCGAGAAGAAAUAACAGGUAAUGAUCCACCCUCAAAACUUUACCAAUUGGUAACAUGUGGAAAUGAUCACAAUGUAAAAUUAUGGAACGUAAGAGUCGCACAAUCAAAAUGUGACACUGCAAAUUCAGUGGCAUCAAUAACUCUUUAUAAAAUAUUGGAAAAACAUAGUAGUGCCUUAACUUGUGUACGAUUAAGCUUUAAUGGAAUGUACACUGCCAGUUGUGGCCUUGACAAAACAACAGUCAUUUGGGAAACAGAUACCGGUAAAAUAGUUUCAGUGCUUAAAGGACAUAAUAGAUAUGUUGCUUGUUGCGCUUUUUCAAAAGAUGGUACUCUGCUAGCUACCGGUUCUAAUGAUAAAUCUGUUAUUAUUUGGGACUUAACUGGAAGUUUAACAGUCGAUUCUGAAAUUGGACGUGGUGCGCGUAUUAUUCAAAAUACAGAAAACGAUGAAUCGGAAACUGAAGUUGUAAAACAUGCGGAAACAAGUUCAAACGAAGUACGACUUAUUCAUUGUAUAGAUGAUCAUACUGGUUCAGUAAAUGGAGUCUCAGUUUUUAAGAAUAAUUUAAUCGCUUCAGGAUCAGGGGAUCGAAAUGUGAGAAUUUGGGAUAUAGUCCGUGAGAAUGAGGAUGAUGAACAGGAAACAACACUUCUUGAAAAAAGUUUUAGCCCUUUAAAGGGUCAUAAAUACACAAUUCUUCAUGUUGAAUUCAGUCCCUGUGGAACAAUGUUAGCAUCAUCUUCAUUAGAUGGUACAACUAUAAUCUGGGACACUGAGGUGACGAAUGGAGAACAAGCGAGGGGAUCUUUCAUUAGUUCUGGAUCUGGAAUUCGUGUUUGUCGUUGGUCACCGGAUGGUACGAAAAUUGCAACUGCAGGAGAUGAUGAAAAAACAACUCUAUGGGAUAUUACUACAAUGGAAGAAUUGAAAAUUUUUGGAGGGCACGCUGAAGCUGUGACGGCGUUAGCUUUUACAUCGGAUUCAAAAUAUUUAGUAACAGCGUGUAAUGAAGGAACUUGGGCAUUUUAUGAUAUCGAAUGUGAUGAUGUUUCGUCUGCAUUGUUAAUGUUUUGUAAAGAAGCACAUGAUUUAGGUGUUCAAGGAUGUGAUUUUAGUCCUACUACUGGAAUUUUCACUGCUUCAGGAACAUUUACAACAAACACAACUGGAUUCAAUAAAUCAUAUCUCUUAGCAACAUGUGGAAAUGAUUCUUUCGUUAAAUUAUGGAGAAUUGAUAUUGUUAAUGAUCAUGGUGACGAACCAAGGGGCUCUAAUGAUCAUGGAUGUUCUUAUAGAAUGAGAAAACAAUUAGCAGGUCACGGAGGUAAUGUUAUGGAUGUGAGAUUUUCUUUAAUACAAGGUGAAAUUUUGGGAAGUGUCGCGACUGACAAAACUGCUCGACUUUGGAGUGUUUAUACAGGAGUAUGUUUACACGUACUCGAAAAUCAUCGCGGUCUUAUCACGUCUUGUGCAUUUUCUGAAGAUUCAACUCUUUUUGUUACAGGCGGUUUGGAUAGAAGACUAUUAGUGUGGAAAUUGCCAGAACAAUUAGUAUCUCAGUCUAUGUUAAUAAAUAGACUGAGAAAUAGUACAAAGAGGGUUACUGAAUGGUCUGCCAAUGAAAUAUCAAAAUGGUUAAUGGAAAUAGGAUUACCAAAUAUUGUUAAACAUAUACAAACAACAUCAAUUACUGGUAGACAUUUAUUGCAUAUACCAGAAGAAGAAAUCAUACACAAACUUGGUAUAAAUGAAGAUGAAGAGACAAUGGGUAAUCUAAAGAAACAAUUGUUUUGGCUAAAGCGGGAAAAUUCCAAUAAUGUAGAACCAAUUGAUGAGGCUGAAGUACCACACGAAUUUUUCUGUCCAAUCACACAUGAAAUAAUGAAGGAACCAGUUCAAUGUUCAGAUGGAUACACAUAUGAGAGAGCAGCAAUAAAUGAAUGGUUCUUAUGUGGAAAGUUUACAAGCCCAAUGACUAAUGAACCAUUACAUGACAAAAGUAUUUCUCCAAAUGUAGAAUUAAGAAAUGCAAUUUAUACUUUUCUACAUGGAGAAGGACCACAAUCAUAAAAGAGUAUAAUAGAGAUGAUAUUUUUAUUUUUAAUUUUUAUAAAAAAAAAAUUAUUUUCCUUUAUCAGCUUAAUUCAAAAUGAUUACAAUUAUUUAUAUAUUAUAGAUCAUGUUUCUUCAAUUUUUUUCUUUCUGCUUUUCAUUUGCUAUAAUAAGAUAUUUAUAGUUAUAAAUAACUGUGUAUGAAAACAAAAAAAAAAAAAAAAAAAAAAAUGUUUUAAGAGGACCAAGUAGACUGUUUGUUACAUAUAUUUAAUAUUUACAUAAAUGAAAGUGGCCUUAAAAUUCUUAACAAUAUAU